AUGGCCAUCAAGACAGCAGGAGGGAACAGCGCGUUCCACAACACGGUCAAUGACUUCGCGCACAUCGAAGACCCCAACGAGCGUCGUCGUCUCGCCCUCGCUGAAAUCGACAAGGCGCCUUUCGGCUGGUACCACGUUCGUGCCAUUCUCGUCGCAGGAACUGGUUUCUUCACCGACAGCUAUGAUAUCUUCUGUGUCUCUCUCUUGACCAUUAUGCUGGGUAUCGUCUACAAGCAGGACAACAAGGGCGUGCUCCUUACGACUCAGGACACUGCCAUCAAACUCUCAACUUCAGCUGGUACCGUCAUUGGUCAGGUUGGCUUCGGCGCCCUCGCUGAUAUCGUCGGUCGUAAGAAGAUGUACGGUCUGGAGCUGAUUCUCAUCAUCGCCGCAACUCUUGCUCAGUCACUCGUGGGCCCCGGUCCUGGAACAUCUAUCGUCGGUCUCAUCAUCUUCUGGCGUGUACUUAUGGGUAUUGGAAUCGGCGGUGACUACCCACUUUCUUCCAUCAUCACAUCUGAGUUCGCUACCACCAAGUGGAGAGGUGCUAUGAUGGGCGCUGUCUUCGCUAUGCAGGGUUUUGGUCAGCUCGGUGGUGCCGUCGUCAUGGUUUGCUUGACCGCUGGCUUCAAGUCCAAGCUUGAGAAGGCUUCUUCUUACGCUACCUGCACCGGCGAGUGCCGCGUUGCCGUCGACCAGAUGUGGCGCGCUCUGAUCGGUAUUGGUAUCGUUCCUGCCGUCUGCGCUCUCUACUUCCGCCUCACCAUCCCCGAGACUCCCCGUUACACCUUUGAUGUUGCUCGCGACAUCGAGAAAGCCGGUGCUGACGUCGCUCACUACGUUUCCGGCAAGAAGGGCGAGGGUGAUGUGGAUGCGAUCACUGCGGCCACCACCCCCCAAGCUUCCGUCGCUCAACUUGAGAUUCCCAAGGCCUCGUUCGGUGACUUUUUCCGCUUCUACGGCAAGCUUAGGAACGGCAAGAUUCUCUUCGGAACCGCCAUGUCGUGGCUGCUGCUCGAUGUCGCUUUCUACGGUCUCGGUCUGAACUCCUCUACUGUCCUCCAGGCUAUUGGUUAUGGUGGCGGCAGCACUGUCUACCACAAGCUUUACAACUUGGCCGCUGGUAACUGCAUUCUCAUCUGCGCUGGUGCCAUUCCUGGAUACUGGUUGGCUGUUGCAACCAUCGACACUGUCGGUCGUAAGAUCCUCCAGCUCGUCGGUUUCAUCAUGCUCACUAUCCUCUUCCUCAUCUGGGGUUUCGCCUACCACCACCUCAGUGGCCACGCCAUGUUGGCCAUCUACGUCCUCAUCCAGCUCUUCUUCAACUGGGGUCCCAACACCACCACAUUCAUCGUUCCCGGCGAGUGCUUCCCUACCCGCUACCGUUCUACUUCCCACGGUAUCUCUGCCGGAUCCGGUAAGAUCGGUUCCAUCAUCGCUCAGGGUGCCAUUUCUCCUCUGCGUACCCGUGGUGCUACAAAGACCAACGCCAACCCAUGGCUCAACCACGUCAUGCAGAUCUUCUCUGCUUUCAUGUUCGCUGGUAUUUUCACCACCCUUCUCAUCCCCGAGACCAAGAGGAGAACCCUCGAGGACCUCGCACAGGACUGGGACAUGGGUAACGAGAGCAUCACUGGUGCACCGAUUCUUCACCAGAAGACCAGCGAGCGUGCUAGCGAUGAGGAGCCCAAGGUUUAG